AUGGGUGCCUUGGCCUUCCUCCCUCCCAAUCUUCCUCGUCUCUGCUCUCCAUGGAGGUCACUGGAUCUGCCCACCCAUUCGCCUAUCAAGGCCUCUACUGCCCUUCAGCUUCCCUUCGAUCACAUUCCUGCAGUGAUUAGUGGGUGGUACCAUUGGGAAAACUACCAUUUUGUAUUGGCCUUUCUCUUUGCUAUUGAAAAGAUCAACAAAAGUCCCCUUCUGCUCCCCAACAUUUCUCUUGGUUUUGAUAUCUACAAUGCAUUUCCUGAUCACCAGAGGACCUUAGAGAAUGCUCUACUUUUGCUUUCUGGAGUGAAUCAACUGCCUAAAUACAACUGUGAGGUGCAGCAAAAAUUUGUUGCCAUCAUUGCAGGAAACAUUCCAAUACUUUCAGCCCAAAUUGGAACUCUUUUGGAGCUCUACAAAGUCCCACAGGUAAGUGCUUUGUUGCUCAUCCAGAUCACAUAUGGUCCUUCUGAUGCCACCCUAAAUGAUAAAGCUCAGUUUGCAUCAGUUUAUCAGAUGGCCACCAAUGACAGCUCUCUGGCUCGGGGAAUAAUCUGGUUGUUGAUGCAUUUUGGUUGGACAUGGGUGGCACUUUAUGUAUCUGAUGAUAUGAAAGGGGAACAGAUUCUUCAGGUUCUAAAUGCAGAGAUGCUUCAUCCAUUUAUGAAGAAAAGCCAAUUUACAAACAGCACUGGGUAUAACCUGUCCCUUGAUGACACAAAUUUGGCACAGUAUGAUAUCCACAACUCUGUGAGGUUUUCUGAUAAAAAUCCAACCAGUUGGUUGCUUGUUAAAGUAGGAGAAUUUAUCUACAGGAGCCCCCAUGAUCAAGGCUUGGUCUUCAAUAAAGUGAUAAUAAAAUGGCCUGCUAGAUUCAACGAGACUCCUGAAUCUAUGUGUAGCCAGAGCUGUGGUCUUGGAUUCCAGAAAAUUCUUCUGGAAAGAAGACCUGACUGUUGUUUUCUUUGUGUUUCCUGCACAGACACAGCCAUUUCAAAUCAAACAGAUGCAGAGCACUGUAUCAAUUGUCCAAUUCAGGAGUAUCCAAACAGUGAGAGAACGCACUGCCUCCCCAAGUCUGAAAGUUUUCUGGCUUUUACAGAUUCUUUGGGGUUGUCCAUGGCCUGCAUGACUCUGUGUUUUUCUGUGGUCACAGCUAUGGUUUUAGUGGUCUUUGUGAAGCAUCGAUGUACUCCCAUUGUCAAGGCCAAUAACCAAGUUCUCAGCUUUAUCCUGCUCAUCUCCCUCAUCUUGUGCUUCCUCUGCCCUUUGCUCUUCAUCGGCCAUCCUAACACAGCCACCUGUGUACUCCAAGUCACAUUUGGGCCUGUGUUCACUGUGGCAGUUUCCAUUGUUUUGGCCAAAACGAUUACUGUGAUUCUUGCAUUCAAAGCCCUGAAGCCUGGAAGAACAAGGUUCCUGCUGCUAUCAGGAGCUUCUAAUACUGCCAUUCCCAUCUGCUUUCUUAUCCAAGUGAUUAUCUGUGCAGUCUGGCUGGGAACCUCUCCCCCUUUCAUUGAAAUGGACUCACACUCUGAGCCCAGACACAUCAUCAUCAUGUGCAACAAGGGCUCCAUCAUUGCCUUCUACUGUGUCCUGGGAUACUUGGGCUUCUUGGCCCUGGGGACUUUCACCGUGGCUUUCCUGGCCAGGAACCUGCCUGACACAUUCAAUGAAGCCAAGUUCCUCACAUUCAGUAUGUUGGUGUUCUGCAGUGUCUGGAUCACAUUCUUCCCUGUCUACCACAGCACCAAGGGCAAGUUCAUGGCGGCUGUGGAGGUCUUCUCCAUGUUGGCCUCCAGUGUGGGGCUCUUAGUUUGCAUCUUUGUUCCCAAGUGUUGCAUUAUUUUGCUAAGACCUGGUAAGAACUGCUUGGAAAAUCUAAAAAACUUAAAAGGUUCCAGAGGAAACAGGCAUUCUAAGGUUUUAUCUGAUAGGUCUGUAUCACAUUUUUAG